CAGCCCUGCUGAUAGGGUUUCACUCACUCCAAGGCGAAGAGGAGGGCAAGCAGUACAAUACAAUCUUCUUGGAAAUCUAUAUUCCUCUUCCUGUGAGCCGCACCUGUUCUGUGACCUCCCUGGGACCUGUGUCUUCCUGUGGAUACCUGGUCUUAGUCCUGUAACCAUGCCUAUCCCCACUCCUGCCCCUUCUAACAAGAGGAAGAAGGCCAUCAAGAUCAUCACCGACCUGUCCAGUGUCAGCCAGAAUGAUAACGAGUCAGACCCCAAAGCCUCUGAGCUUGACCUGGGCACCAAGAUCAAGACUCCAAAGGACACCAUGCUGGAGGAGCUCUCCCUGAACUCGAACAAGGGCUCCAAGAUGUUCAAGAAGAGGCAGCAGAGAGUGGAGAAGUUCAUCGUGACCAACGAGAACAAGCAGAACCUCCAGAACCUGCUCAUGUGCCCUCCACCUGUUGCAUUGAAGCCCGAGAAGGCAAAGCAAGAAGUGGUGGAUGUGACGAUGGAUGAGGAGGCGGAGAAGGAGAAGAGGAGGAAGGAGUAUGCAGGCACCUAUAUAUCACCAUGGGAACGGGCCAUGAAGGGCAACGAGGAACUGACAGCCACCAUGAAGGCCGCCAUGCCGGGACCCAUCCAGCUGCACCAAGAACUGCCUCUGUACAAGAGCUUCAACAGGACGGCGCUGCCAUUCGGGGGCGGCGAGAAGGUGCCCAGGACGCUGACCUUCGAGCUUGAAGAGCUCCACGAGGCCACCGAGAAACCGGAUGCGAUGCCCCGCCCGCAGGCCGACAUCCGCUUGCGCCCCUCGUUCAACCGCACGCCCAUCGGAUGGGUCUGCAGCGAGGACAACCCGAACAUCCACAUGGACCUGGACAACAUCCCAUUCGACGGAGAGACGGACGACCUGUGAACAUGCACAUAGACACACAAGCAGUGCAUUUACUGGAACUAAUAAACAAAGGCAAGAAAACACCCUCACAGGAGUGGAUACAUGCAAGCACUGGGCAAAGUUCAUCAUUCAGCCCACAUGCACUGACAACAUUAUAGGGCUGUUGAGGCCCGCAGGAACACAUGGGUGAAUAGAGCAAAACACAAUUCAAAACAUGACUUUCCGGAGAAGGACGGCAUGCCUCGUCUCCUUUGUGCUUUCUAGUCCUUUCAAGACUUUUUUGGAAACUGCAAGCUGUUGUGAGGCCUGUGUGAGUAGAUCUGCACUCUGAAGACAAUGUAUUUAUGCAAUAAAGUUUCUCUUUGCAGAAUGUCUGUGUGCUUCUGAUGUACCUCUGAUGAACACUGCAUGUGCACUGCUGGGAGAGGCACAUUUUUUUUAAACAAAAACAAAGCAAACAAUUGACAAAAUACAUGAGUCAACUAGCCUCAGACUUCAGUCGGUUAGCGCAAUUUGAGAAGGACUGAAGAAACUUGACUCUCACUGACACAAACUGACCACACAGUGGUUCAUAU